CCCGCCCCGGCCCUGCCCCCGGCGGUGGGACCUGGCCGGGCUCAGCUGAUGCCUCACUUCACGUGACGCUGGUGCCGAGCGAACAUGGCGGCGGCCACCGGACCUUCGUUUUGGCUGGGGAAUGAAACCUUGAAGGUGCCGUUGGCACUCUUUGCCCUGAACAGGCGGCGCCUGUGUGAGCGGCUGCGGAAGAACCCGGCUGUGCAGGCGGGCUCUGUGGUGCUGCUGCAGGGCGGGGAGGAGACACAGCGCUACUGCACCGACACCGGGGUCCUCUUCCGCCAGGAGUCCUUCUUUCACUGGGCGUUUGGCGUCACGGAUCCAGGCUGCUACGGCACAAUUGAUGUCGGCACCGGGAAGUCAACCCUAUUUGUGCCCAGGCUUCCUGCCAGCUAUGCCACCUGGAUGGGAAAGAUCCACUCCAAGGAGUACUUCAAGGAGAAGUAUGCUGUGGAUGACGUCCAGUAUGCAGACGAGAUUGCCAGUGUCCUAACAUCACAAGGCCCCUCUGUGCUCCUCACUUUGCGUGGUGUCAACACCGACAGCGGCAGUGUCUGCAGGGAGGCCUCCUUCGAGGGCAUCAGCAGGUUUAACGUCAACAACACCAUUCUUCAUCCAGAGAUCGUGGAGUGCCGGGUCUUUAAAACGGACAUGGAGCUGGAGGUUUUGCGUUACACCAACAGAAUCUCCAGUGAGGCCCACCGGGAGGUAAUGAAGGCUGUAAAAGUGGGAAUGAAAGAAUAUGAGAUGGAAAGCCUCUUCGAGCACUACUGCUACUCCCGGGGCGGCAUGCGCCACAGCUCCUACACCUGCAUCUGUGGCAGUGGUGAGAAUUCGGCCGUGCUGCACUAUGGACAUGCCGGGGCCCCCAACGACCGGACCAUCCAGGACGGAGACAUGUGCCUGUUCGACAUGGGUGGGGAGUAUUACUGCUUCUCUUCCGACAUCACCUGCUCCUUCCCCGCCAACGGCAAGUUCACCGCAGACCAGAAGGCCAUCUAUGAGGCGGUGCUGCGGAGCUGCCGCGCUGUCAUGAGCGCCAUGAAGCCAGGGGUCUGGUGGCCUGACAUGCACCGCCUGGCUGACCGCAUCCACCUGGAGGAGCUGGCCCGCAUCGGUGUCCUGAGCGGUAGCGUCGACGCCAUGGUCCAGGCCCACCUGGGAGCUGUGUUCAUGCCUCACGGGCUCGGCCACUUCCUGGGCAUUGACGUGCACGACGUGGGAGGCUACCCCGAGGGCGUGCAGCGCAUCGAUGAGCCCGGCCUGCGCAGCCUGCGCACCACUCGGCACCUGGAGCCCGGCAUGGUGCUCACCGUGGAGCCGGGCAUCUACUUCAUCGACCACCUCCUGGACGAGGCCCUGGCGGACCCGGCCCGCGCCUGCUUCUUCAACCGUGAGGUCCUGCAGCGCUUCCGCGGAUUUGGCGGGGUCCGUAUCGAGGAGGACGUCGUGGUCACCGACAGCGGCAUGGAACUGCUGACCUGCGUGCCCCGCACAGUGGAGGAGAUCGAAGCGUGCAUGGCAGGCAGCGACAAAGCCUUUACUCCCUUCUCUGGCCCCAAAUAGAGCCAGCUGGGAGCACCCAGUGGGACCAGGGACCCAGCCUGGCAACCUUUCUUCACGACGGGCCCUCCGGAGGCCAGAUGGGCGCUCAGAAAUCACGUGGCUGGGUCCGUGUUUGAUCAUGCUGUUUCCUCGGGGGAAAAUCUUUCUUAACCUUCUGCAAGAUCACACCUCAGUCUGCUAUUACUUUGCUUGAAUGACAGUGGCUUUUGAAAUGCUAAUGGAAAACAGUUCUGUUCUUUAAUAGCAACUAAAAUGUGUCUUGCUGUCAUUUGUAUUCCUCUGCUCAGGGAAGAUCCAUUUCCAGUGUUUUCUCUCAAAAAUCAAUAUGCAGAAUGGAACUUGCAAUAAAAAGUUUCCGAAGAUGGG